UGUUCCGUGCCUCUCUUUUGUUUAACUUUUUGGUUUUUCCGACGGAUAUAAUUAGCCACUACCCUUUUCCAGUUCCACUCUGUUCUCCAUUAUAGGUGUGUCUUUGUUCCCCUUGUCUGUCUUGCUCUUCUUCACUGCCCAGUUUGGGUUUAAAGCUCUCCGUUAGAAUUUUUUUUUUCCCUCUUUGUAGCCCAUUUCCUCACCAACCCACAUACUGAUCUUGCUUUAGGCUCAAAUGGACAUGUCCAAUUCUUGAUUUCCCGUUAUCCAUUUUGAGUUGGAGAGCGAAAGUUGCAGAAUUUACAGUCAUCUUGCUCAGUCAUGCGCGACCCGAAUUCCCGAAAAGCUUGAUCCUUUUUCUGCUCAGCGUAUUUGUGGGAAGAUGAAAUCAACUGGGCCUUUGAUCCCACUCCUCCUCUUGCUGUCAUGGCCACUGUUCCUUGCUGGGUUUGUUUCCUCCCAGAAGCCCUCCGUAGUGAAGAUUGGGGCAAUCUUCACUUACGACUCUGUCAUCGGUAGAGCUGCCAAGGCUGCUAUGGAGGCUGCUGUCUCUGAUGUCAAUGCGGACCCCACCAUCCUCAGGGGCACGGAGCUGAGGCUGGUCAUGCAGGACGCCAACUGCAGCGUCUUCAUGGGCUCCGUUGAAACUUUCCAAGUGAUUGAGCAACAGGUGGUUGCUAUACUUGGGCCACAGUCCUCAGCGAUUGCCCACAUGAUCUCCUCGAUUGCUACGAACCUUCACAUCCCUCUCAUCUCUUUCGCUGCCACCGACCCCACUCUCUCUGCCCUCCAGUUCCCUUUCUUUGUCCGUACAGCCCAGAGUGACUCCCACCAGAUGGCUGCACUUGCCGACUUGAUCGACUUUUACGAGUGGAAGGAGAUCAUAGCCAUUUAUGUGGACGAUGAUUAUGGCAGAAAUGGAAUUUCCGCUCUAGGGGACGAGCUGGAGAAGAAACUGAUUAAGAUUUCCUAUCGGUUGCCUUUGUCAGUUCAGGUGGGAUCCGUUGAGAUCACUCGUAUGCUAAAUGAAUCGAAACUGUUUGGUCCUCGAGUUUAUGUGGUUCACAUUAAUCCAGACCCGAGUUUGAGGAUCUAUAAGAUAGCACAAGAACUCAACAUGAUGACCAGUGGUUUUGUUUGGUUCGCUACGGAUUGGCUCUCUGCUACCAUAGAUUCAAUGUCUCCAAUCGGUCAGACAACUUUUGAGAUGCUUCAGGGAACAGUUUCUCUGAGGCAGUACACACCUGAAUCAGCCGGUAAGAAGGCCUUUUUGGCCCGAUGGGAUGUAAUGAGGAGAAAAGGACUAGUGAGUUCGGUGCUAAAUUCUUAUGGCCUUUGUGCGUAUGAUUCAGUUUGGGUGGUAGCACGAGCUCUCGAUCGGUAUGUGAAAGAAGAAGGGAACAUGACCUUCGCCUUCAGUCACGCACUGUAUAAUCUGGACAAGAGUAGGAUUCAGUUUGGGGAUCUAAAGGUCUUCACUGGUGGGGCCCCAUUGCUAAAGAAGUUAUUGCAGGUGAACUUCACGGGCUUGACAGGCCGAGUCCGGUUCAAUUCAGAUCGGGGCAUCGUAAAUGGUGGUUACGAGGUCAUAAACAUAGACGAGAAGGCUGUUCGCUCUGUUGGGUUCUGGUCUAUGCUAUCUGGCUUCUCAGUUUCACCUCCUUCUCUUGCCAUCAGUGGGGACCAGGACAAGUAUUCCCGUCAAGACCAGGAGCUCCGAGAAGUCAAGUGGCCUGGUGGAAAUACAAUAAAGCCGCGUGGAUGGGUAAUUGCAGACAAUGAAAGGCCGUUGAGGAUCGGAGUUCCAAACAGGUUUAGCUUCAGGGAUUUCGUCAUGCAAAACGAGAGCCAUGAGACCCAAGGAUAUUGUAUUGAUGUCUUCACCGAAGCUUGUAAGUUGAUCCCGUACGAUGUUCCUUACAAAUUUGUGCCAUUUGGAGAUGGUACUUUUAACCCCAGUUACGACGAGCUCAUCAAAAUGGUUGAAGACGAUGUGUUUGAUGCUGCUGUUGGGGACAUUGCUAUUGUAACAAACAGAACGAGAACCGUCGAUUUCAGUCAGCCUUAUGCUUCUACAGGCCUUGUGAUUGUGGCCCCAAUUGACGAUGAGAAAGCAAGUGCAUGGGUCUUCCUCAAGCCUUUUACGACAGAGAUGUGGUGUGUCACCGCGGCAUCCUUCGUGAUGAUUGCAGUGGUGAUUUGGUUCCUUGAGCACCGGGUCAACAAGGACUUUCGAGGCCCGCCUAUGCGGCAGCUCGUGACAAUAUUCCUAUUUAGCUUCUCAACGCUGUUUAAGAAAAACCAGGAAGAUACUGUGAGCCCUUUGGGGAAAAUGAUAAUGGUGCUGUGGCUCUUUUUGCUUAUGGUCAUCACUUCAAGCUACACAGCGAGCUUAACUUCAAUCCUGACCAUUCAGCAGCUCUCAUCACCAAUCACGGGGAUCGACAGCUUGAUUACCAGUGACUGGCCGAUUGGAUACCAAGUCGGAUCAUUUGCUUACAGCUAUUUGGCCAACAGCCUCUACAUCACCCGAUCAAGGCUCGUUCCCUUGGGCUCCCCAGAAGAGUACGAGAGAGCUCUUCGGCUAGGGCCAAAGAAUGGUGGGGUUGCAGCAAUAGUGGACGAGCUUCCUUAUGUGGAGCUAUUCCUGUCGAAGCAAACUGAGUUCGGGAUUAUCGGGCAAUCUUUCACAAGGGGUGGCUGGGGAUUCGCUUUCCAGCGAGGAUCUCCACUGGCUGUGGACGUGUCCACGGCGAUCCUAAAGCUGUCCGAGAGCGGAAAGCUCCAGGAGAUUAACGAGAGGUGGUUCUGUAAGAUGGGCUGUCCUGACGAGAGGCGACGAAGCUCUGAAGCGACCCAGCUCCAACUUAUCAGCUUCUGGGGCCUCUACCUUCUAUGUGGGGGCUCCGCCCUCGUGGCCCUGAUGGUGUUUCUCCUCAGGGUGGUCCGAUCAUACGUCCAGUACAAGAGGCGGCAGCAAGUGGCUCCCUCAUCAUUACCGUCGGUGUCCCCAGUUAUCCGAUGCACCGAGGUUGUACAUAGCUUUUUCGACUUUAUCGACCAGAAGGAAGAGGCUAUCAAGAGAGCUGUUUUGUCUAAGGUCGAGAAUCAUCAUCAGCAGCCCCAGAGCAGGUGAUGAGUAUUGUCAUGUGUAGGCUAGCUUACUCUGUUCAAAGGAUUUUGUCGCAAUUUAGUCUUGUAAUUGUAUGAAAUCGAAAUGAAAAAAAUAUAUCGAAUUAACACACAGUCUGCUGAGGAUUA